AUGGAACAAGCCAAUGCCCCCAUUGAAGUCAAAACCCAGGGAGACGGCGAGGGCUUCGCUCUCUCCCAUGAUCAUAAGCAAUAUCUGCUGCAGCGACACGGUACCCUGGAUCUCGAUCCUGUGCCACAGCCAGACGAUGCUGAUCCAUACAAUUGGCCCCAGUGGAAGAAAAUGACGAACCUCAUCCUUGUCAUUUUCCAUGCUAGUAUGGUCACGUUCACCGCCGCUGCAAUCGUCCCUGCCUUUCAGCAGAUAGCAGACGAUCUACACGUCUCCCUACAGACGGUUUCAUAUCUCACAACCGUUCAGCUCGUGUUUCUGGCAUUUGGGCCACUUGUAUGGAUACCUUUCGCUAAUACUUAUGGUCGGCGACCGUUGUUUCUCCUUUCCCUGAUUGGCAGUUUUGUUUCCAACGUGGGUUGCGCCAAGAGUACUUCUUACGGGACCAUGUGCUUUUGUCGAGCUCUGGUGGGCUUUUUCAUGAGUCCUGCCGCGGCAAUUGGCAGUGCAGUCGUCACAGAGACCUUUUUCAAAAAGAAUAGGGCUCUGUACAUGGGAUUGUGGACCCUCAUGGUGACACUUGGUGUUCCUUUGGCCCCUCUCAUUAUGGGCUUCGUGUCUGAGCGUGUUGACUAUCGUUGGAUCUACUGGAUCCUUACAAUUAUGAAUGGAGUUCAGUUCGUGGCUUAUCUCUUCUUCGGGCCUGAAAGUCGUUACAUCCCGGGCAGCGUCGUUCAGAACAAAUCGUCUUUCAGAAAACAAUACCUGCAUUUCGGACGCAUUGACCCUCGCCCACUCACAACACACGAUUUCCUUCGUCCGCUGAGUCUAUCGCGUAAAGUCUGCGUGGCGCUCCCAGGUCUGGCCCAUGCCGUAACAUUCAUGUUUGCAAAUACACUUGUCGUCGUGGAGUUGCCGGAGCUCUUCGGUGAAAAGUUUGGCUUCAACUCGGAACAACUUGGUCUUCAAUUCAUCGGACUUAUUACAGGAUCUGUGCUUGGCGAGCAAAUCGGUGGAAGUUUUAGCGACUACUGGAUGAGACGUCGAUCGCGGAAAUUGGGCACCAACGUUGCGCCGGAACACAGGCUGUGGAUCAGCUAUUUAGGAUUUGUCCUUGCUAUCGUUGGACUGGUUUUGUUCCUUGUAAGGACAGAGCAGGCACCUGAAGGUCAUUGGAAUAUUUCCCCAGUCAUUGGAAUCGCCAUCGCGGGGGCCGGCAAUCAGAUGGUCACCACGGUUCUCAUCACGUACGCGAUCGACUGUUACCCGGAGGAGUCUGCGAGCAUUGGAGUCAUCAUCACUUUAAUCCGUCAAACUUUGGCGUUUGUGGGCCCAUUCUGGUUUACUCCAAUGUUCAACAACGUUGGCAUUUCCGCGUGUAGUGGUAUUAUAUCCGGCCUGAUUGUUGCACUGAGCAUCAUUCCUAUAGGACUUUUGCACUGGCAGGGAUCUAAAAGGCGAGAAGGGAAGAAUGUCCACGCGAUUGAUCAGGAGUCAGGUAGCUCCUGA